AUGCCUGGGAUUGGUAAAACCACUCUCGCUGAAGAAUAUUUUGAAAGGUCAAAUGAUAGGUAUUCGUUUAACAAGAUUAUCUCGGACAUUCGUGAGAGAGGGCAUCAUUAUCUGGAGUACAAGCUUCUGGAAGGUCAAAAGUUAAAUGAGGAGGCUAACAUUUUCUCAAAGAAAAGUUUUCUUGUUUUGGAUGAUGUGAGCCAGAAGAAGCACAUAGAGUUUUUACUCCAAAACAGAAGACGGAUUAAGAAGGGAAGCAAGAUUGUCAUUACAACGCGUGACAAGUCAUCGAUAGCAGAAUUCUCUCCCGAAAUUUAUGUUGUCCCUCCCUUGAACGAUACAGAUGCCUGGCAGCUCUUUAAUGAUCAUGCCUUUAAAGGUGGAGCCUCUAGCACCAAGGGAAACUUCCCCAAGCUGACCCAAAAGUUUGUGGAUUAUGCUGGAGGCAAUCCACGAGCCCUCGAGGAACUUGGAAAGGAGCUUAAUGGGAAAGACGAGGCUGAAUGGGUGACGAGACUAGAAAACCUGCCAUACCAGUGCAAUAGUAUUAUCAAAAAAGAGUUGAAAAUCAGCUAUGAAGAACUCACUGAGCAGCAGAAGGAUGCGUUUCUCGACAUAGCUUGUUUUUUCAGAUCAGAGGAAGAAAAUUAUGUAAAGUGUUUAUUGGAUUCUGAAUGUGGUGAUGUUGUUAAAAAGCUUGCUGAAAUUUUUUUCAUUUGUAUCUCUGGGGGAAAAAUAGAGAUGCACAAUCUACUCUGUGCAUUUGGCAAAGAACUUAGGUCGGGGGAAAGAAUGUGUGAUCAUAGGAAAACUACUACAAUUCUAAGAGAUGCCGUUCAGCAGGAAACAAAAGAUGUGAGAGGUAUUUUUCUAGACACAUGCACAGAAACAAAAGGGAUAUCAGUAGACAGUAAAAGAUUUACCGAAAAGUUCAACCCGAUGAAUCUGCGGUACCUCAAAAUCUAUGACUCUCUUUGUCCAGAGAACUGUAAAGUAUACUUGCCCGACGGACUUGAGUUUCCCUUCGAAAAUAUUCGAUAUCUUCACUGGGAGAACAUUGAACUGAAGGAGCUUCCAUCAGAUUUCAACCCAAAAAAUCUUAUUGAUCUUAGGCUGCCUUAUAAUAGGAAGAUUGAACGUGUUUGGGGAGCUGUUAAGGAAUUGCCCCUGUUGAAAUGGGUGGAUCUAAGCCAUUCAACUAAGUUGACUGACCUGUCAGCAUUGUCGAAGGCAUAUGAUCUUCGAAGACUUAAUCUUAAAGGCUGCACAAGUCUGGAUAAGUUGCCAGAAGAGAUGGGAAAUAUGAAGCAACUUGUUUUCCUGAACCUCAGAGGAUGCACAACACUCUCAACUCUACCAGAAAGACUGAACUUGAUCUCUCUCAAGACCAUCAUCCUCAGUGAUGGAACUAUUAUCUCCACUCUCCCUCCAACCAUCCAGAACUUCAAGAAACUUGUGUUGUUGAACUUGAAAAACUGCACAAUGUUGGAGUCUCUCCCGGAUUGUCUCAACAAGCUGAAGGCUCUUGAAGAACUUACGCUCUCUGGUUGUUCAAGGCUUAGGAAUUUUCCUAAAAUUAAGGAGACCAUGGAAAAUCUACAGAUUUUACUACUUGAUGGGACCUCAGUUGAAAAGCCACUUCAAGAGCCACUCCAGAUGAAUGGCCUGUCCAUGUUGCGGCGUCUAUGCUUAAGCAGGAAUGAUAUGAUCAAAAGCCCGCAACCUUGCAUCAGCGAACUAUAUAACUUGCAAUGGAUGGACUUGAGGUAUUGCACGCAUCUCACAUCACUUUUAACGCUGCCACCCAAUCUUCAGUACUUAAAUGCACAUGGUUGCAUCUCGCUAAAAACAGUAGCGAGUCCUUUAGCUCUACAUUUGCCAACGGAGAAGGGUCCUUCCUCAUUUAUCUUCACCAACUGCGAGAAACUGGAGCACGUCGCCAAAAAUGAAAUAAUAUGCUAUGCUCACAAUAAGACCCGGAUCUCAUCAGAUGCUUUGAAUCGCCAAAACAAGGGUCUUGCUUUUGAAACUUUGGCUGCCACUUGCUUUCUUGGAAGUUUAGUUCCUGCAUGGUUCGACAACAAAACUUCUGGAGCAGUGUUAGAGCGAGAGCUGCCUCCAUAUCUGCGUGACAAUGGGUUUGUUGGCAUAGCUCUAUGUGCCGUUGUCUCAUUUAAAAACUACAAAAUCCAGAACAACAACUUCAUGUUAAAAUGCAUAUGCCAGUUGAACAAUGCCGAGACGUCUUCUAGCUUCUUCAAUUUCCAUAUCGGAGAUUUAUCCGAGACAGACAAUCAACAACAAUGCACGAUCAAGUCUACCCACGUCUUUAUUGGCUUCACCAGCUUGUUCAACGGUGAGAUGAGGCGUGUUCCUACUAAAGCCUCCAUCAAAUUUGAAGUCACAGAUGGUACUUCUGAGGAUGAAAAAUGUGAGGUGCUGAAGUGCGGUUUCAGUUUGGUUUGUGAAUCUGAUAAUGGUUCUUGGCAUGCCAACGCUGAAACAAGUCAAUUGAUUUGUGAACCUCAUAAUGGUAUUAGUAGCGAUGCAAAGGCUGAUGCAGUACCGAAGGACAAUGGUUCAGGCGCUGAUGGAAGUUCAACGGGAGAGGAACUCAGACCAGGCGAAAGUAUAUUUGUUCGUCUCUGGGGAAGAAUGAGUUUUUUUGGUCACUUGAGAAGAAGAGCGUUAAGAACCGACCACCGGAGAUUUGAUGCACCAAGAGAAGACAGAGAACGCAUGCCUGCAACUAAGUCGUCUUCUCGGAAUAAUAAUGAAGUCUUGGACAAGAAGAAAUGGGAUAUUAGCAAUCUCGGCAUGAGACUAAGGGUUUAA